GAGAGUGUUUGGAUACUCUGCAUUCAGCUACUUGAUUGGACUUCCCUUUUGUGCUACUGAGUGAACAUCCCUUCCCAUCCCCACCUCUUUCCCUUUCUUUAAGAGCUUAAAUUUUGCGUGAAAAUCCUUCAGCGAAGGCUGUGGCCUCCCUUAGCCCAGGAUUACAGCUUGAGGAAGAUUUAGAGGUUGACGCGUGUUGCACACUUCUCCUGCUGCCACAGUGCGAAACACACUUGUGUGUACAGUGGCUGCGUCACUGGGACCUGUGCUGUGGAAUGUUUGGUGAAGAAUGGGAAUGAAUGGAGUAGCCAGGGGCCUUCACUCCCUGUCCUAUGGCUAGUUCUUCUGGAGACACACAUACAAACUGAGGUGGUGGUACAUGACAAGGUUUUUUAACUCUGCGUGAUAAAAUACAAUUCUGAAAAUGGAUAUACUUCCUGGAUUAUGGUAGGGAGUUUGAGUUGUCUUCAGGAUGUUAGUUUUGGUUUGAACCACAGUCCAACUGGAGAGACGAAGGCUGUGUGAGGGUGAUAGACACUGGGUAGAGGACAUGAGCGGGAGGCAGGUGUGUGGCUAAAUGAACGGUACAGGAAUGAAUGUCAACUCAGCCAUGGCACCGCUAUCUCCAGGACUAAAUGCCAAUUUAUCUCCAGGACUAAAUGCCAAUUUAUCUCCAGGACUAAACCCCAUCAACACCCCACUGAUGACAGCUCCAUCUCCAAGAUCUCCAAGACUGAGUCUCACCACCACCCCACCGAUGACAGCUCCAUCUCCAAGAUCUCCAAGACUGAGCCUCACCACCACCCCACCGAUGACAGCUCCAUCUCCAAGAUCUCCAAGACUGAGUCUCACCACCACCCCACCGAUGACAGCUCCAUCUCCAAGAUCUCCAAGACUGAGUCUCACCACCACCCCACCGAUGACAGCUCCAUCUCCAAGAUCUCCAAGACUGAGUCUCACCACCACCCCACCGAUGGCAGCGAUAUUUCCAAGACUGAGCCUCACCUCUACCCCAGUUAUGGCUACCUCGUCUACAGUGAAGAGUACCUCUCCAUCCUUUGCUUCCUUGUCUCCUGGACUCUUGUCCCCCUGUCUGUCCUCUCUGAGCGCAGAGAGAAGGACCUCCUCCCCCUUCAGCAGGUCCUCCAGCAGGUCCCCCACCCCAUCCAUCAUGACGUCCCCAAAGCUGUGGCAGAAAACCUCCAUCUCCAGACUGGCAGAGGAGUUCUUCUGGAUUGGUGGAAGCGUCGUAGCACAACCCAAAUGGAGACUGGGUCAAUAUGUGGAGAGGUGUAUGUGCACCAUGCAGACUGGCACCCAGAUGACCAAACUGAAAGGGAAGAAGAAGGGCCUGGUCAGGUUCUUCUACCUGGAUGAACACAAGUCCUGCAUCCGUUGGAGGCCCUCCAGGAAGCACGAUAAAGCUAAAAUAACCAUUGACUCCAUCCACGAGGUCUGUGAGGGCAAGAAGUCUGAGAUCUUCCAGCGCUACGCAGACAGUUGUUUCGACCCCAACUGCUGCUUCAGUAUUUACCAUGGCGACCAUGUGGAGUCUCUUGACCUGGUCUCCGCUAACGGAGAUGAGGCCCGUACCUGGAUUACUGGCCUGAAAUACCUCAUGGCUGGCAUCAGUGACGAGGACAGUCUGGCAAAGAGACAACGCAAAAGGGACCAAUGGUUACAGCAGACCUUCUCAGAGGCAGACAAAAACGGGGACGGCAAUUUGAGCCUGGGAGAGGUUCUUCAGUUACUCCACAAACUCAACGUGAACCUGCCCAGGCAGAAAGUCAGAGAGAUGUUUAAGAAAGCAGACACAGAUGACAACCAGGGUUCGUUAGCUUUUGAAGAAUUCUGUACCUUCUAUAAGAUGAUGUCUACACGCAGAGGCCUCUAUCUCAUCAUGCUCUCCUACAGUAAUAACAAAGAGUUCAUGGACCUAAAUGACCUGGUCCGUUUCAUGGAAAAUGAACAGAAGAUGGCGGGUGUAACCAGAGAAUAUUGUCUGGAGAUUGUCAGCCAGUUUGAGCCAUGUUCUCAAAACCUACAGAAUAUGGUUCUGGGCAUCGAUGGUUUCACCAAUUACAUGCGAAGUCCAGCAGGAGACAUCUUUAAACCAGACCACCAUCAUGUGCACCAGGACAUGACCCAGCCCCUGUGUAACUACUUCAUAGCCUCGUCCCACAACACCUACCUGACAGGGGACCAGCUUCUGUCUGAGUCCAGGGUAGACAUGUACGCCUAUGUGCUCCAGGCUGGCUGUCGCUGUGUGGAAGUGGACUGCUGGGAUGGACCAGACGGGGAGCCUAUUGUCCAUCAUGGCUACACCCUGACGUCCAAGAUCCUCUUCAAAGACGUCAUUGAAACCAUUAACAAAUAUGCCUUCACAAAGAAUCAGUACCCGGUGAUCCUGUCCAUAGAGAACCAUUGCACAGUGCCCCAGCAGAAGAAGAUGGCUGAGUAUCUGUUGGAGGUGCUCCAGGAUAAGGUGGACCUUUCCACGGUCAACAUGAAUGAAUUCAGAAAGUUGCCCUCCCCAGAGCUCCUGAAAGGGAAAGUUCUAGUCAAGGGAAAGAAGCUUCCAGCGAACAUUGAUGAUGAUGCAGAGGAGGGGGAUGUGUCGGAUGAAGACAGUGAGGAAGAGGAGGAUGAAGAUGACACCCAGAUAAACACUGAUGGGAACGCUGCUGGCACUGCAGAUGAAUCCAAACCCAAGAAACGCAGGUCUAUCAUGGGCAGCUUCAGACGCAAGAGGAAAAAGAAGAAGAAAAAGAAGCUAAUGCUCAAUUUAGACCAUGCAGACCAAGAGAACCCCAUCAUGAGAGACAAAACACAAAUUGUGUACCACAACAAGAAAGGGAAGACGAUGAGGUUAUCCCGAGCCCUGUCUGACCUCGUCAAGUACACCAAGUCUGUCCGGGUCCAUGACAUUGAAACACAAGCUUAUAUGACCAGUUGGCAAGUGUCUUCCCUCAAUGAGAGCAUUGUGAACCAGAUCAUGGCUCUGAAGCCAGCUCAGUUGGUGCGAUUAAACCAGAGACAGCUACUACGUGUUUACCCCUCCAACUACCGUGUGGACUCUAGCAACUUCAACCCACAGCCCUUUUGGAACGCAGGAUGCCAUAUGGUUGCACUGAAUUACCAAACAGAGGGCCGCAUGCUUGAACUGAACAGAGCCAAGUUCUCAACCAAUGGCAACUGUGGAUACUUACUGAAGCCCAGGUGCAUGAAUAAAGGUUUCUUUAACCCUACGCUGGAGGACCCUCUGCCAGGACAGAGUAAGACUCAAUUGGUACUGAAGAUUAUCAGUGGGCAGCAGCUUCCAAAACCUAAAGACUCAAUGCUGGGGGAUAGAGGGGAGAUUAUUGAUCCUUUUGUGGAGGUGGAGAUCAUCGGUCUGCCUAUUGAUUGCUGUAAGCAGCAGACAAGGGUGGUGGACGAUAAUGGCUUCAAUCCCAUGUGGGAGGAGAGCUUGGUCUUCACCCUCCACAUGACCCAGAUUGCACUGGUGCGUUUCCAGGUGUGGGACCAUGAUCCGAUAGGACAAAACUUCAUUGGACAGAGGACCAUAGCAUUCGUCAGCAUGAUGCCAGGUUAUCGCCAUGUCUAUCUUGAGGGCAUGGAGGAGGCCUCCAUCUUUGUUCAUGUUGCUGUAAAUGACAUCACAGGAAAGGUUAAGCCAAGUAAUGCUGUAAAGGGUUUUUUGAAAAAAGCUACGAAGAAAGGGUCAGCCAAGGAGCCAAAGACGGUCUCUAUGCACCUCUCCACUUACUCAUCAGAGGACGUCCGUCAGCGGUACCGCAAGGACCUGGACUCCUACUCCCAGGAGAGCAGCGGGAACGGCAGCAUGUUACUGACGCCUGCAGGUAUAGACUACCUCCAUAGAGGGACUCAGAGCGAACCACUGAAGCGAGCUCACACAGUGCAAAUUCUGGAGGAGGAAAUCCAGGGUGCUUCUCCGAAGGAGGAGAAAAAGACGGAGGGGAAAAGGAAGGGCAUCCUUGUCCGCAUGUCCUCCACCUUCUCCAACUCUGGGGCGUCCAUCCCGUGCAUCACAGCAACAAGCCCAGACCUGGAGGACGUGUUUCAGUCAUCUCAGCCACAGAGUCCAGAACCAGAGAGCCAAAUGCAGUCGUUCCAGGCAGCCUGGCCAGAUCUGGAAGACCAGGUUCAGUCUUUCCAUGCACACUGGCUGGGCCGGGACAACUCGGGUCGGUCAUUUGAGCCUGAGUGGCCAGACCCACCUGAGAUUGAGGACAUAGCAGGAGAACCACCGACAAAGCUUAACAGUAAGCCUGCACUCCAAACUGUAACAGAACAUCUGAAUCAGCCCCAACCCCAGCUCCAUCCGCAGCCCCAGUCCCUACCACAGGCCCAGCCCCAGUCCCUACCCCAGGCCCAACCCCAGUCCCUACCCCAGGCCCAGCCCCAGUCUCAUCCUGAGGUCAUUCUCCGGAACCGACACCCACCAUCCUCCCCUGCAAGAGUUAGACGGACCCUGGAGACCCCAGCCAGCCAACGCCCCUCCAACACGUCACGGACAAAGGCCCGCUCUCGCAGUGUUCCACGAAAGCAGCAUACCUCCCCCAUCACCCCGGUAGUUAACCGCAGGGCUGCUGUGCACUGGCAGCCUCAGACUCCUUCCCCUCCCCCCCAGAACCAUUGCCGCUAUGGCCACCAGCCUAUACCCAACGGCCUCUACCUGUCUGACAGUGACUCCAGCAGUGUUGGCAGUAUAGACAGUCUGAGUCUGGAGCUCCUGCCCUCGCGCGUGCCAGUCAGUGGGCAGAGGGAAGUGGGUACCCUGCAGAGAGAGAUGAAUGCCCUCUUUGACCAAAAGAUGAAGGAGAUCCGCUGUAAAUCGCCACUAUUUUUUUACGAUUACUCUACGCUAUAGUAACCGGACACUACAAGGACCACAGCAGUGAGCAGCCAAUUGGAAUAAGCAUGGGAGUAGGAAAUACACUUGUAAACAUAUAGCGUUCCCUUCUAUGUAUCUAGAUGUAUGUACAAAUGUCAUCACAUUUUGAGACCGAACAAGUUUAUUUUGUAUAAGGUAAUCACUUACUUUUUAUGUGGAUAUUGUGAUUUUUGCAUCACGAUGCAUCUAUUGUAAAUAGGACUGAAAACCAAAGUGAAUCGUUCUG